CAUGAUGCGUUUCCCUUUCCCCGUUAUGCAGAGGAUCGAGUAACCGAGCGGAUCUGUUUAUAUGAAAUCCGGAUUAAACAACAAUCAAUAAUCAAUAUCAGCUAAUUUGCAGCGCCGAGGGAUGCGCUAGAUCCAGAUCCGAAUUUAAAUCCGGAUUAUCCGCUUCAGUAUGGACGCGCUGCUGCAAUUUGAGGAGUGUAUACGGGACUCGCCCUGCUUCAGACGGACACUGGAGCAGCACGAGAGCGACGUAGAAGAGCUGGAGGGACGCGUAGAGAAGGUGGUGAAGUUGUGCAGUAAGGUGGUGGAGGCAGGGCAGGUGUAUACAGAGUGUAAUCAGCUGUUCCUCUCCGCUCUCGCAGAGUUCACACACUACCAUAGCAAACACACCGUCAUAGCGAAUUGCCUGCAUCAGUUUAACCAGGGCCUGCAGGAGAUGAUCCAGUUCCACACUAUGCUGCUUGAUCAGAGUCAGAGAGCGAUAACCCAACAACUCACACACCUGCUGUCACAGUUUCUGCCGCACAUCCGUGAGGCGCAGCGUGAGUUUGUGAGGAUAGGGGGCGAUGUAGAGUUAGCUGCGGUAAAAAACGCUCAGAUCUCCCCAAACAAACCUGCAGAGGCAGAACGAGCCAGCCACCUGCUGCUCGCCACGCGCAAGUGCUUCCAACACUUCGCCCUGGACUACUGCCUACAGCUAAAUAAUUUCAAGGUUCAGCAGAAGCUGGACAUCCUGAAUUCAGUGUUCUCUUACUUUCAUGCACAGUAUACAUUCUUCCACCAAGGGUUUGACCUGCUGAGAGACCUGGAGCCAACCAUGAAGACCAUGGCAUCUGAGCUGGCCCAGCUGUCCACUGAGUGUGUGUCUAAAAGGAAAGAUCUAGAAAACCAGCACCUGCUCGUCCAACAGAGGGAUGCCUGUGGAGAAGCAGUUGUAGUGUUGAGUCCGUCCAAUGAAGGAUCCAUUCAGGGCUACCUUUUCAAACGCUCUCGCAGGAAGAAUAAGACGUGGAAGAGGUGUUGGUUCUCCACCAAUAAUAACCAGCUGCUGUACUCAAAAACACACAAGGAGCUGCCAACAGUGUUGUUUGAUGAUUUGCGGCUGUGUGCAGUAAAAUCUCUGGAUUCCAUUGAUCGGCGCUUUUGUUUUGAGCUUCUGAGUGUACAGAAGGGCUGUGUGUUACAGGCGGACUCUGAGGAACUGAAGAUGGCGUGGAUAAACGCUGUGCAGAGCUGUAUUGAUCUGGCGUAUCGGGAGAAAGUGGAGUCUGAACAUACUCAGGUAAAACCCUCACCACCUGUCCCAGUUCCUGACCCUCCCUCCUUACCUGCUGCUCUGGGCGUGGCCCUUCGUGGUCAUGGUAACAAUCGCUGCUGUGACUGUGGGGAGGCGGAACCACGCUGGGCAAGUGUAAACCUGGGUAUCACCGUCUGUAUCGAGUGCUCAGGUAUACACAGGAGUCUUGGUGUUCACCUAUCUAAGGUGCGUUCUCUUACUCUGGAUUCAUGGGACCCGGAACAGCUGAAGCUGCUGUGUGUUCUGGGUAAUGAUGUCAUCAACAGCAUAUAUGAGUGUGGUCCCUGUGACGGAGUGGAGAAGCCCAGUCCUCAGAGCCCUCGGCAGGUGAGGGAGGUGUGGAUAAGGAAGAAGUAUGUGGAGAGGAGUUUUGUGAAGAGAGACAGUGAGCCUGCUGAUGCUGAGGCGGGGAGGCAGCAGGCUGGAGCCAGGCUGUACCAGGCAGCGCUGGAUGGGGAGCUGGUCUGCAUGGCCCGGGCUCUGGCUCAGGGGGCAGAGGUGAACUGGAGUAACGCUGAGGCGGGACGGACCGCUCUGAUUGGUGCAGCUAUUGGGGGUUCUUUACUGGCGUGUGAGUUUUUACUGCAGAAUGGAGCGAAUGUGAACUACAGAGACCAGCAUGGACAAGCUGCACUACACAAUGCCGCCACACGGGGGCACACUGGGCAGGUGUGUCUGCUGUUAAAGAGAGGAGCCAAUCAGUACGCAGCGGAUGAAAGGGGAAUGGACCCACUGAGUAUCGCCAUAGAAACGGCUCACGCUGACAUUGUCACACUGUUAAGGAUGGCCCGGAUGAAUGAGGAAAUGAGGGACUCUGAGGGUUUUUUUGGAUCUGUAGGAGACGACGAAACAUUCCAGGAUAUUUUCCGUGAUUUCAGUGACAUGGCAUCACAUAACCCUGAGCGUCUGUCUCGCCGGCAGUUCAGCCGCAGUGCUGAGGAAGGAGAGGAGGAGGAUGGGGUGGAUGGAGCAGCUGGUGGGACGGAAGAUGAAAAGACGUAGUGGAAUAGCAGUGGAGGAGCCGUGGAGGAGCCUGUGGAGUUUGGAGUGGAGAUUGCUGGUCUGGGGUCAGGUGGGGGUUUAAGUUUAGGGUCAGUGUUGGGCAUUUUGGUGCUAAAAGCUGUUGACUGAACUGCAUUUGCAAAGGGAACAUCUCUAUUUAGUUUUUAGGAGCAGCAUUUUUAUUAGCAUUUAAUAGUAACAGAUACAUUAUACAUAGAAGUUUAAUGAUUAAGUAAUUAAAUCUAUUGUGUCUUUAAACUAAUGCACUGUUAAAGCCAAUUUAUACUUUUGUGUCUAACAUACGCUGGUGCGUAUGUGUAAUGGCAAAUCAUACACUGUAAUUCUUUUUCAAAAGUGAAGACUAGCGGUGUGAAGGUGAUUUUAGUUGUAGAGCAGCCGAGUGCUCAGGGUGCCCAACACUGUCCUAGUUAAGGUUUGGGGGUUUAUGGGUAAUGAGAUCAGUCAGAUUGACAGUUUAAGGGAAAACUAUUAAUUGGAGUAGAUUGAAGCUCCUCCCCGUUACAUUCCAGUCCAGCUGAUCUGAGCUCUGAAAGGUCAUAUAAUACAUUUCAUAACAGUUCUGUGAAUAGAUUUAUAUUUAUUAAUAUUUAAAGUUUUAACUGCAUUUCAAAUAUUGAAUUUAGCUGUCAGAGAAUAACUGAACUGAGCUGAAAUAUUAAUCAGGUAUUAACACAACAUUAAUUAUUAAUGAUAAUUAUUAAUAACCUUACACUGCUUUAAAAAAUAGCUCAAUCAAUCAUAUUCUGAAUCAAAUUAACAUAUAAACUAUAUAGUUGUAGAUAUUACCUUUGUGGUUUAAUAUUUUUGUAAUAUUAGCUUAAAGUCGAUUAUGCAAGAUAUCAAACACAAAAAAAAAAUUAUAAUGAUGAAACUGGCACUCAUUAGGAUCGCCCCAGCAAAGUAAGAGAAAAAGUUCCCUCUGUUCCAUAGGAUAUGUUCAUCAGAGUUACCAGUCUCAGAAACCACAAGUUAACAGCUCCACAGAUAAGAGCACCUGAAUGCUUUACAGAGUAUUUAGUAUUUUGGUUUGUUUAACACUUUUAAGUUACUACAUGAUUCCUUAUGUGUUCCUUCAUAGAUCACUUCACUAUUCAUUUACUAUGUAGGAAAAAAUAUUGUCCAAACUUAUAUGAUACAAGCUCCUAACUAUGAACCAGAACCAAUUUAAAACAAGAAAUGUCUAAAAAUUGUGAUUUGCCUCACAUAUUAAAGACUUUCGAAUAAAUACAUAUAAAAAUGUAAGAACACUACAUUUAAAUCUACAGUAAAACAUAACAAAAAAACAUGCAGUGGAACCUUAGUUGUGUUUUUAUGGCAGUUAAUAUUUCAGCUCCGUCUCUCUGUAAGCAGGUAAACUCAGUAUUUAAUCCAGGGAUUUUAUUUAAAUGUAGAUUAUAUAUAUUGUGACCCUUCAGCCUCCCCCGGGGGGGGGGGGGUUAGUCUGGACUGACCCUGCUGCUAACAGAGGCUGCUCAUUCGAAGCUGAAGCAGCUAACAGACUGCUGGUGUUAUGAACUGAUUUCAGCAGCGUGUAUGAAGAGAAUCAGAGAAACGGAACUCUGAGGAACAGUACUGAACCUCCGUUACUGCUGGUGGAGAAGCGGAAGCGGAGGAAUAUAGGAAUUUGUGUAAUAAGGGACCUAAGGGACGUGUGCAGCUCUUACCGUCGGCUAAUUCAGCCUCACUCUACUAAAAGCUUUAGUUUAACACAUUUCUGCGUUACAGUGUGUGUACAGGCAUAUAUUUACAGUAUACUGCUAUAUUUACAUAUUCCUCUAUAAACUCUAAAUCUGUAACUCUGCUGUUGGCAAAGCUGCUCAGCCGUUAAUUGUUCUCCUGUAGAUGUUUAUGCUGGUAAACGCGAACGUUAAAAACUUAAUUUUAAUAACGAUAAAUGAGAUCAUGAAAUGUUUCAACCGGCUGGAUGAGUCGAAUCAGGCAGUUUAACCCUUUUAUCAUCUUUAUCAUCAAAAAAGCAAUGAAAUACAACCCCAAUUCAAAUGAAGUUGGGACAUUGUGUAAAACAUAAAUAAAAACAGAAUACAAUGGUUUGCAAAUCCUUUUCACCCUAUAUUCAAUUGAAUUCUCUAAAAAGACAAGAUAUUUAAUGAUCAAACUGAUAAACCUUAUUGUUUUUUGUAAAUAUUCCCUCAUUUUGAAUUUGAUGAUGCAAUAUGUAAAGAAGAUGGACAGGAUCAUGUUUAGCACUGUGUUUCAUCACUUUUUCUUUAUACACUCAAUAAGUGUUUGGGAACUGAGGACUUUGUAGGUGGAAUUCUUUCCCAUUCUUGCUUGAUGUACUAGAAGUACUUUUCCAGUCUUUUUUUGCCCCUGUCCCAAAUUCUUUGGAAUGUUUGAACAUUUGAACAUUAAAUAUCUUGUCUUUGAAGUGAAUUCAAUUGAAUAUAGGUUGAAAAAGAUUUUUUUUUACGCAACAUAAACUGAAACUAAACGGUUAAACAGAAGUUAAAGGGAUAAAUGGUGACUCCAUUCAAAAUUCAUAAUGGACCAAUGACUACAGCUGAGUUAAACAUGCCAUAUGUCAGCUAAAGUGUCUUUUAACCAUAUUUUUCCAGAUUAAAGAUGGAAAACAACUUAGUUUGUUGGUUUAUGCAUCUUUAACAUAGGAGGUGCUUUUAUCAAAUUACAGGUGCUUGUUUUGAUUUUUACUCUAGUUUGAGGGGGUUAAUAUAUAAGUGCAUAUAAUAUAAAGUCAAAUAACUGAGGCUAAAGGAUGCAAAACUGUUUAAAUUGGUGACUGUAAAGCUACAUUUACAAAGCAGGUAAAAGUUGCCCAAAUCAUAUCAAAUUUUAUUUUAGGCAGUUCACACUAUCUUUUUGAUGUAACUGAUAUCCGAGAUCUGUCUGAUCCGCUUCCAUUGGGUAACUGGCGCUCAUGUGCUAAACGACAGGGCUUCACGUAAAGUUUCAGUUUCAUCCAAAGAGACCCAGAGUUUUAGGCUCCAUCUUGCUGUUAAAAGGGUUCGUUAUUCAGACAUGCUCACUUCUUCUGUGAUCUUGUGUCCAAUAUUUCAAAUUCAUUUUUAUGCUUUUAAUGCUGCAGCUGUGUUCUGUGAAUGCUCAGGCCUUUCAUUAGAAACACAAAAACAAAGACAUCACUGCUAAUAUUUAUGGAUAUGUUCUCUCACUAUUCCAACACUGAAACCCUCACUCACUGCUGUAAACCAUUUUCCUUCUCCUCACAGACUUUUUCUUUUUCUUGCCAUAAAAGUCGCGUGAAUUUAAUACCCCAUGUUGAAGUGGCCCAAAUCAGAAGUAAAUAUAUAGACAGCUGUGUCUAUAUAUACUGAACAAAAGAUGGGAUUGGGGCCAAUUUAAGUCCAGCAUUAGCCUUAAAACUGUGUGAACAGGUCUCGCUGAAGAAUUGUAUCUGGGGUCAGUUAUCAGUCAUGUUACUUAGAUUUUUCACCUGACUCGUCCUCUGGUUUUGUGUGCUGAUUUUAUUAAUGUAUUGUGCUUUCAUUGCUGAUAAGGGUUCAUCUCCAGUGUCCCUGACCAAUCACAGACUGUUCUUCUGUUCACAUGACCUGAACAAUGUUACAUUAAACUGCACUGAGUUCCUCUCUCCUGUGCUAUCAUACUUAAGGUCUACUGGUUGGUCCAGAGGCUUAGCUUACGGACCAGCGCUCACUAUAAUUCUGUUUUGAAUAUCGUUUACUGAAUUUGUGUGGUGAAGUUUUAAAAAGCUGUUGUUUAAAAAUGUGUUUUAUUAUUAAUACAAUAAAAUAUAUUUAACACACUCAAA